AUCAGUUCUUUCCCUUCCCUGCCCUUGGAAUAAAGGCAGAAUCGUCCUCUCUCAUUUGUAACCUCUAGCAACUGUGAAAGGCCCUGAGUGCUGGCACAUAAAGAUUCCCUUUAAGGGCGUUUCUCUUCUGCAUCGGUUUGCUCCCUCCAGCAGGUAGGAUGGAUUGCUGGGGCCAGUUUAGCGUUGGAGUAUUCUACUUCACAGUCACCUUAGUGGCCUCUUACAGUCCUUGGGGUUUCUCUGGAAGGGCCUCAGGGCCCUUGAGUCCCCCUCUAGUAUCUUCUGAGAGGCAACUGCUGGACUCUCCUUUCUUGUCUCACUCCAAUUCCUGGGCUUCGGUGGACGUCUCCCAAGCCAGGGCUUUGUCCACCCUGAACCCCAUUUCGGUCCAGUGUGAGGAAGCCCAGUUGGUUGUCACGGUGAAGAGGGACCUGUUUGGGACCGGGAGGCUGAUCCAAGCGGCGGACCUGAGCUUGGGCUCCUCCGGCUGCAAGCACACCUCCCUGGACGCUGCCAAGGACACGGUGAUCUUCAAAGCUGGGCUGCACGACUGCGGUAGCACCUUGCAGAUGACUUCGGACUCCCUGGUCUACAGCACCCGUCUCUACUACAAACCCGCUCUUGGAAGCAACCCGCUCGUCAUUCGAACCAGCCCUGUCGAGGUCCCCAUUGAGUGCCAUUAUCCAAGGAAAAACAACGUCAGCAGCAAGGCCAUCCAGCCAACAUGGGUGCCCUUCAGCUCCACGCUGUCUGCAGAAGAAAGGCUGGUCUUCUCCUUGCGUCUCAUGAAUGAUGACUGGACCGCUGAGAGAACCUCUAAGAGGUACCGACUGGGAGAUGCCCUGCAUGUCCAGGCAGAUGUGAACACGGUCAACCACGUGGCUUUGAGGCUCUUUGUUGACCAGUGUGUAGCCAGCCAGACUCCAGACAUAACCUCCUCUCCCAAACACUCGAUUGUUGACUUCCACGGGUGCCUGGUGGAUGGGAGAUCGGAGUACUCCAGUUCGGCCUUUGUGUCUCCCAGGACCAGGCUGGAUUCGCUCCAGUUCACAGUCGAUGCCCUUCGGUUUGCCCAGGAUCAGGGAGACGUGAUCUACAUUACUUGCCACUUGAAAGUCGUAGCAGAUGACCAAUCCCCCAAUGCUCUGAACAAGGCGUGCUCCUUUGACAAAGCCCGGGGCAGCUGGUCUGCGCUUGAAGGCCCCGACGGCGUCUGCCGCUGCUGUGAGACCAGAAACUGUGGGAGAAACCUGGGCCAGUCUCCAGGAGCUGACUCUUUGUGGAGAAGGCCGGGCGGGCGCUUCCAGAGAGAGCUUCCUUCUGCCCAGGGAGAGUCCUCCAUGGGUGAAACAGAAGCUGAUGUUCUGGUGGGACCCUUCAUAUUGGAGGAGCUGAAGACUUCCACAUACCUUGAAGAUGAGAGGAAGUCCAAGACACGAGAUGCCCACGAGAGGUCGGUGCUGAUCAUGAUGGGACUGACAGUCAUGACCGGUCUGCUAGCUUCCAUCUUGGUGGUUCUGGUGGUUCUUCUGGCCUGCAGGAGAGGCAGACGCCCCAACGUCUGAGACAAACUCAAGCAUGGGACCAAAAGAAAUAAAGAAAUGGGUCGAAUUCCAAAAA